GUGACAUUUCAGCAUGCGUUUCAAAUUCAGGGAAUUCAGUUUGACUUGUCACGCGACCGUGACUGACGCGUUUACUAGUACGCGCCGCUGAACGCCGCAAGAAGCGACAAGAUCCCACUUCUCGAACGUGGAUGAUCCAAAUUUCCGAAAGGCAUCCGCGCUGGACCUAUCAACGCCGGACACACUAACUGCAUUGGAAUUCUGGGUCGCUCCUUAUAUUUAGCGUUACGUACGCAUGUUGAACCAGCCGUGGCUUUUAAUAUUAGUAUAAACAGCUGCAGUUGAACUGGUCGCAUCUUUAACCGGCACAUCUUGAUUCAUGGCCUUUUCUCGCUACCUUAUUAUCCUGGCACUUGUCGCAGGAUGCAUCCUUCCUUCUGGUGUCCAGGCUCUUUGGCCCAUCCCAACCACUCUCGAGACCGGGCUGACCGCCCUUAAAGUUUCCCCCGAAUUUUACUUUGACGUCCAGAUUGAAGGCGCACCAUCGGAUUUACGUGAUGCGGUUGCGCAAUCACAGUAUUAUCUCGAAAAUGACGACUUUAGACGUCUCGUCGUAGACCGCGGCGCGAAUGACACUAUCGCACUUGCUAGCGCGAUGACGCUUUCAAAGUUGACGCUAUCUCUCGCGAGUGGGGCUUGUGCACAGCCCAUUUCUUUAGAAGCUGUCAAGCCCCUGGGAACCCGUAGUGAGGAGUACGCACUAACCAUUCCAGCAGAUGGAUCGGCUGCUACUUUGACAGCGAACUCGACGUUGGGUCUGUACAGAGGACUCACCACUUUCAAUCAGAUUUUCUAUCACUUUGAAGGAGUAACUUACACUUUACUUGCCCCGAUUGCGAUCACGGACGCUCCUGCGUAUCCUUUCCGGGGAUUAGGACUGGAUACCUCUAGGAACUACUACGCGGUCAGCGACAUUCUGCGAACUUUGGACGCGAUGAGCUGGGUGAAGAUCAACACUUUCCACUGGCAUAUCACGGACAGUCAGAGUUUCCCACUUGAAGUUGCACAGUAUCCCGAGCUUGCCAUCAACGGCGCAUACUCUCGUAAAGAAGUUUACAAUGCAAGCGAUGUCCAACACAUCGUGCAGUAUGCUGCUGCAAGAGGUAUCGAUGUUAUGAUGGAAAUCGAUACACCCGGUCAUACUGCCAUCAUUGGGGCCACUUACCCAGAAUAUGUUGCGUGCCUUGACGCUAGCCCGUGGGCAGAGUUUGCUGGCGAGCCCCCUGCCGGCCAGCUUCGUUUUGCACUCCCAGAGGUCAUGAACUUCACCGCCUCCUUGCUCACCGAUGUUACGAAGACUCUCCCUUCACACUAUUUUAGCACCGGGGGCGAUGAACUUAACACGAACUGUUAUGUUGACGAUUACCUCACGCAGCAGCAGCUCAACAGGACCGGCAUGACGCUGAACGGUGCUCUUGACAGGUUCACACAGACCACCCAUGGUGCACUGAUUGCCCAGGGAAAGACGCCUGUUGUAUGGGAAGAAAUGGUCCUCGACUGGAAUAUUACGCUCUCAAACGAGACUAUUGUGAUGAUUUGGAUUUCCUCUGAAGAUGCUGCAGCAGUGGCAGGAAGUGGUUUCAGGAUCAUCCAAGCACCAUCAAAUUACUUCUACCUGGAUUGUGGUGCUGGUGGGUGGCUGGGAGACAACCCAACUGGGAAUAGCUGGUGCGACCCCUUCCAGACUUGGUCCAAGGCAUAUACCUUUGAUCCGUUGGCAAAUUUGACCGAGGCACAGUAUAAACUUGUUCUCGGAGGCGAGCAAAUCUUAUGGAGUGAACAGUCUAGUACCCAAAAUGUCGAUUCAAUCGUGUGGCCACGUGCCGCAGCAUCAGCAGAAAUUUUUUGGAGUGGCAAGCAGCCAAAUGGCGCUGCACUCAACGUCACCGAGGCGCUUCCUCGUUUGCAUGACAUCAGGUACAGGAUGGUGCAGCGCGGCGUCAAUGCCAUCCCACUCCAGCCGCAUUGGUGUGCGCUUCGACCGGGCGCAUGUGACUUGUAGGCUUGAUCUAGAAUUUGAUCGGAAUCCUGGGUCUUUUCACGAUUGGUCUUGGUUUUAAUCAGUUUGCGCCGUCGCUUGCAAGAUGCAUAGCACUUAUUCACCAAAAACAUGAGUUAUGUCAAGAAAUUUAUGCCUCAGUCUUGCGAGAAGUCGUGCGGCGAAAUGGAAGUUGGCGAAAUAUUUGAAGCGAUGCUCUUAACCACGAAGUAUCCACAUUCAGCAAUAAUUAAUUAUACUCUCCUUGGAAGUCCGAAAAUAACAGGUAACAACAGCCAUCGGUCC